UUUACAACUUUAUUGACAGGAUCACCACAACAACAAGCGGGAGGCGUAAAUAAAACUGCUGUCGGUUAGUUUGCUAUAUUAUGUUUAUUUGGCGAAUGUUUGGAAGACACCAGGGACUAUCAGCAAUAGAUUUGUCAGGGUCAUCUGAAUGAAAGAUAGCGCUUUGUUAUUGUCGUGAAGUAAUUAAACAGCUUUAGCACGAUAGCAUCAUGGCCAGUCCCGCGAGCGCAAACAUGAAUGCCGUCCGGGAGACUAUGGAUGUUCUCCUGGAGAUAUCAAGGCUUCUGAACACAGGAUUGGACAUGGAGUCGUUGUCGAUAUGUGUCCGUCUCUGUGAACAGGGAAUCAAUCCCGAAGCCCUGUCAUCAGUCAUCAAAGAACUCAGAAGAGCCUCUGACUCAAUAAAGGCUUCUGAAAACAGCACAAGUCAAGGAUGAUCAGUCUAAAAUUCAUCUCUGACAAAGCAGUCUCUGUUUGAGAAAAUAACUGCAUGAUAUGCUGUAUAUACCUAUAUGAUUAAUGUGUGAAAGCAGUUGGAUUUGCCUUGUUUGACCUACUUACAUCUGCCUCAGUAUGUACAAUUGGACUAUUUAAGCAUUUGCCUUUUCCUUAUCUUUUUGUCCAUUUAACGUUGUGUAUACGAAUAACUAUAAUAUAUUUUUUUGUUGGGUUUUGCUGUCAGUAAAAUGUUUUUUACCCUAA